CCCGAAUCGCACCGUUCUCGUUUCUCGGCUCUUCGAAUGAUCGGAGCACGAAAUCGACGUUCCUCCACGGAUCGACGCGACGCGACGCGACGCGACGCGACGCACAACCAGUCGAUAUUCACGCCAAUUUAAAACGUAGCGGAGACGCGACCGUCGGUCGAUCGUCUCACUCCGUUUUCAUCUCGCCCGAGUGAGAUAUCGUUUUGACAGCUUUUCACAACCGACUCGGGUGACGGAGAGGAUCGACAAGAACGAGGACAGUCGACGGAAACUUCUUUCCCUCCCAUCUCCCAUUUUUAGAGUAACUGGAGACGAUGGAUCAAGGUUUCCCAGGGCAGCACACCACCACGACCACCGUGACGACCACUACCACGACGACUCAGCCCAAUAUACGGUUCGAUCCGUCAUAUGCGAGGACAUUGCCCGGCAUACUAAAAAUCGUGCAAGUGGUAUUAAAUCUCUUAGGAUUUAUAUGCAUAACGGUGUCGGUACACAGCAGUCACAGCCGAGGAGGAUGGUUCAAUACCGUGGCCAUGGGCGGCUUCUGGUUCACGGGCAUUCUCCUCGUUCUCUACCUGUUCCACAUUGUGGAGAAAUUCGCCAGGAUCCCUUGGCUUAAAAUUGAAUUUAUAUUCUGCACGAUAUGGACCGUUUUUUAUUUGCUGGCCGCUUCCCUGGCAGCUGACUUCGCGCGUUACACAGAGGCUUUCGGUGUUGCUGCGUUCUUCGGAUUUUGCGCAAUGGUGGCAUACGGUUACGACGCUUGGCUGAAGUUUAAGGCGGCAAAGAGCGGGGUGUUGGCGCAGGGCCAGCACACACCGAAACAAGUGUCCACUGUCACCAGUCCGGCGUAUUAGACGCCCAGGAGAGAAAAGGGCCCAUGGUAGGAUGGACCACAUCGAUUGAUCGACUGGAACGAUCGAUCGAUCGACACAUAUCGUUACCUUUGUGCGGGGCCAGUCCUUUUUGUAAUUCCGGCGCGUUUCUCUCGCACGUUCCUCUCACACGGAACGUCAAUGGCACG